GUCCAGGCUGGCAGACAGCCACAUGUAUACUCUUUACUCUUUAGCAGUCUGAUCAGUAUUUAUUUACAACUCUCAGUUAACUGUUGCGUGACAUUUUGAUUUGUGUAAUUGAGUGUAAUCCUGCAGCUGCAGAAAGAACAUCUGAAGUCUUGUUUUCCUUUGUAGCUUCCUUGUUUUGUUUUUUUUUUUUGUUUGUUUGUUUUUUGGUGUGUUGGAUGAAAGAGGUGGUCUCCUUAAUGCCGUUACAGCUGGCUGGACCGUGUUGGUAACAUAAUCCUGCAGGUCGGUUCCACUGUCGACUCUGUUGUCACAUUCCUGAACACGGUAACUACAGACCCCAUCGUUGUCCCGGGUCUCCCCGCUGCAGCAUGGCCAAGGGAAAGAAAAAAAAAAGCCAACCUAAAGGGAAGACUAUUACCUUGAAAAUGGCUCAGAACAGCAUGGAGCUGACGGUGGAUGGGAAACGGCGGCUGAACCUCAGUUUUCAGGAGAUCGCUGCGGUGCCAAAGUGCCUCCAGAAGCUGUGUGAGGUCGAUGAGCUGGACAUGAGCAGGAACCUGAUAAGGAAGAUUCCAGAUUUUAUUGAUCAGUUUGUCGGGAUCCGUGUUUUGGAUCUGCACAGCAACUAUCUGGAGGAGCUCCCUGUGACCAUCGGCCGCCUGCAGAACCUGUUGGUUUUAAACUUGUGUAACAACCGUCUGACCAGCCUCCCCAACGAGCUCGGCCUGCUGACAAAACUCCAAACGCUCCACCUGGGUCUCAACCAGCUGGACACUCUUCCCGCCUCCAUUGGUUUACUGAAGGAGCUCCGGCACAUCGGCCUGUCUGACAACCGAUUCACCCGUGUCCCUGGCUGCAUAUCCAGGCUGAACAACCUGCAGAAGGUCAACCUGGACAGGAACCCCAUGUUGACUGAGGAUACAGCCAGCCAGGAGUCAGUCAUGAUAUCAGAGAGUCUUUAUGUGGUCACAGAGAGCUUUCUGUGUGAGCACUGCCGGAAGAAAUGCCAAAAUCAAAGGACGACGGAGAUGUAGGUGCUGCUUUAACUUUAAAAAAAAUCAGUCAUGGAAAUUCUGAUUACUAUGUUUGUGUGCGAGUUCAUUUCACGCCCUUAACUUUAACUUACACUACAGCGCCAUCUGCUGUUUUAACACCUACAUUAACAAGUUUAAAGCACAAACACUGUUACUGCGACCUACAUUUAUAACAACAUGUAACACUGUUAAAGGAAGUUGACUAAAAAUCCAGUGCUUGUCUUUGAUGACAGAAAACUGAGGCAGUUUCAUUCAAUCAAUCAAGUUUUCCUUCAGAUAUUUGAAGAGCACAGAGUGAGAAGUUGAUCCUUAACCAGCACAAAAUUUCAUACAGUGAUCACAGUUACUGUAUACAUUUGUCAUCCACAUGACAGUUCUUAGCUAAAUCAUAUCUAACAAAAGAUAUUCUAAAUAUUACAGUGUACUAUGUGUACUGACAAUGCCUUUGAUCUAGAGGGCAGCAAAAACUACCAAAGGACACCAUUAUUGUCUGUGAACCCCAGCUUUUGCAGAUGCCACCUUCCUCACACUGUGAACGCCACUACUCGUCUUAAAUUGUUUGAAAUAAUAAAUAAUUUCAGUUAAAUUCAGAUUCAGAAAACUUUAUUUGUCUCCAGGGGCCAGAUAAAAAAGGCACAGAAGCAGGACGUGCAACAAUGACGUAAGAAAUUGAGUAAAAAACAAGAAACUCGAGAUAAGUAACAUAAAUAAAGUGCAAUUUAUUGCAGCCAUUGUUGCUAAUAUGUUUUUAGGGGUGAAGUGGUAAAUCUGGCGUGCAGUUUUUAAUGUAAGAAAUGAAGUACGUUAACCUAAUCACAGUCAUGCAAUGGUAGGUCUGAAUAGCAAACAUGAUUCAUUCAUCAUCAUCAUCCUCAAUCAUAUAAACUGCUUUUUUCACUAUUAAAUAUGAAAAUAUCUACAAAUCUGACACUUGAUUAUGCUCUUGCUUAAAUUCAAAUUUAUAAAGUAACAUUUCCCACUAUGGGUUUCUGGCAUUUUAAAAAAAAUUACCACCACAUUGGAAUCAUGCUAACAUGUGGGAAGUGAAUAAAUUUACUAAGGUGUAAUCAGCUUACUACUCAUUGAACACAGUACAUAACAUUUGUAAGUGGUAUAUAGAUAAUAGAUGGAUGGACAGUCUUACCAUAUUGUGGAUAAGCAUCUAACUAAAAGACAACUCAAAAAUUACCACACAACUUCUUGAAAGCCUUCUCAGAAAAUGUUGUUGGACAAAAAGAUGAAGGCUUUAGCCUCUGCCCACUGUUUAUUUCCCACUAUCUUAUUACCAGAUUGAAAUCAAUCUCACUCCAUUCUCAUCUGCCUCACUAUGCCCACAUAAACAAACAGUCAAUACUAUCUGAAAACAGGGAAUAACCUCAGCAGCCCUUGUCAUUCAGUUUCUAUCACAUCGCUGAGCCGAGGAGUGCUGAGUGGACUGGAUUAAGAUCUCAGCAGACAGACUCAUUAAAAGGCAAGCCGCCUGGUAUUGACUCCACCAUAUUGUGAUAUAGAGCAAUAUUACAGUAACACAAGGAGGGAAGGUAAGCAGAAGCCUACAGCGGCUCACAGCAGUUUCUAUAAUACGGAUGUGACAACACAACUGAAAAGUAUCUGCUGCUUGAGGCAGAUUUUUCUUGCAAGUUUUGGAUUUAUUUUAUCUAUUCUCUUCUUAUCUUUAUCUCAUACCCACUGUAAUGACAGAAAUCUGUUACGGUAUCACUGACAAUGAAAAAAAUGGCCAAAAAAAAGCUGUUUCUUUACAAUCAAACAAAAAAAGGGGGUGAAAGUAUUUACUACAUGUAUUUAUGUAUAUUUCUGUUACCUCUUCAUUAUAGACUAUCACUUGGUUUGUUAGUUGGAUCUGCAUUUAAAGAGAAACUGCAGCUAGCUGGAGGUCCGUCACAGCUGAACAGUCCGAUGCUCGUCAGGCAAUGCUUCCGGACGUUCCUGCUAUUGAAAAUCAAUUCCUACACAUACAGAUGAGCGGCCGCUCAGUUUCUGCCUGCCUUUUUCCUCAUCCAUUCCAUCAGUGUGUCCACCCCCGACUCUGUCUCUACCUGUGUCAAUCAACCAAACACACCGAGGCAGGCUGAAUGAAUGAAACAGAACUGCUGUGGAGGCAAAGCAAUGUGGCUACAAAUAGAAUCUAAUUAAUUUGGAUUACACGGCCCUGGCUCUUUUGAUGACUGAGAUAGAGGGCCAGUGGACUUUGUUAUAUUGUAAGAAAUGAAAUCAGGAAUUCAGAAAGUCAUUGUGGGCUAUGUAUAGCUAUUGCCACACAUAAUUUAGCUGGACUAUUGUACAUCUAUCAAGCGAACUGAACAUGUAACCAAACAGCUGCCCAUACCUGCCCAGCAAAGACAUUAACUUUCUUUUAGAGUUGUGUAUGUAGCCACUAGCUAGCAGAUAUAUUCUUAUUUGUAUAUAUAAAGUAGUAACCGGUCUUUCAGCAUUACCAUAUCUAGACCAGACAGACAGACAGACAGACAGACAGACAGACAGACAGACAGACAGACAGACAGACAGACAGACAGAUAUACAGAUAGAUAGAUAGAUAGAUAGAUAGAUAGAUAGAUAGAUAGAUAGAUAGAUAGAUAGAUAGAUAGAUAGAUAGAUAGAUAGAUAGAUAGAUAGAUGGAUAGACAGACAGACAGACAGACAGA